UGGUGUGUGCGCGCGUCUCCUCACUCAGUCAGCUUCAGGAACGCGAUGAGUAGACAUCGAUGUAACGCGUUGUCGUCGUUGUUUCUAUCAUCCAACAACAGAAAGGAGAAAUAUAGGAGCAUUCAAACAAGCUACAAGAGUGAACGAGCGCCAGAGAGAGAUAGAGGCAUAGCCCAAUGCUCUUGAGUAGUGACUAAAGGAAAAAGGAGUGAAUGAAAGAGGCACAUCGAGGUCGAAGCAAAGUACACCAAGAAGCAGAAGAGUAGGAAGAAGUGUGUGUCUCUUUCGAAAUAGUGUGGAAAUUUUGUAGAAAUACAAGCCAAGUUUGGAAAAGUGUAAUUAUCGAAAGAAACUUUUUUGUUUGUUAAAUUGUGAUCAAGCAAAGGAAGAAAAAUGAAACUACGUUUUUUGUUGCGUUAUUUGGGUUCAAGAUCCAUUUCCGGUACGCGAUAAUAUUCCUUCGCUGGCAAUGUGAAAAAAUAUGUGCACAGUUAGAAUGGACGACUAAUAGUUACAGUUUAAAUGUGUCAAGAUGGAAUUAUUCCAGGAUUGCAAGUGAAACAUAAAUUGUUAUCCAGCAAAGAAUUGUUAGUGAUUCCAAUCUACGAUUAAAAGCAGUUCAACCUACUGGAGUUUGUUUUUACGAUCCAUUUGCAUUUGCUAUAGUGUGUGAGAAAUUUAAAUCAGAAAAGGUAAAUUUGGGCAGCAAAAUGUCAGUGAAAAUAUCAUUUUCAUUCAGUUACAAAUCAAAAGCUGUUAAAAUUCCUCUUGCCGUAUAUUUGGGGCACUAAAAAGUUCUUAGAGAUAGUUUCUCACAAGUUCCUGAAAAUCAACGUCGUGGCUGUUCUAAAAAAAAAAACUGUGUUGCUGCCGUAGCAGCAAUAUUGGAGUCGUUUCCUUUAGACGGAAUCGUUAUUCCGAUUGGAUCCAGAGUUCACAUUCGGGCAAGCGGCCAACGCCCCCUGUAUUCCAAUGCAGGGAUAACGAUCUGGAGCUGUUCUGCUAAUCAGCGUGAAUCUAGCGGUCAAACAAGUGCAUUUUCUGUGAACAAGUGAUUUCUACUUCAAUUAAGGAAGGAGGAAAUUUUUCCAUAUUCUAUAUUGUAAAGUGCAUAAAUAUUUUUGUCAAGAAGAAGAAAAGUCAUUACGUUAAGUAGUGCAAACAUAUAAAAUGUUUUGAUCCGGGUUGCUCAUCCGGACGAGGAAAAAAGCUUUUAACCAAAAAGAGCGUUCCUGGAACAUCUCUUUAAAAGCCAAAUUCCUUGCGUUCUAUCAAUAAGUGUUCGGCCAAGUGUUAAUCCUUUGGUGUAAGUGUAUUUCGCAAAUCAGUGUUAUAAUAACGAAAGAAAAAGGCAGCCUAACAAAUUGUGCUCCAGAGUCUUCGGCUCUUGAAAUCGUGAAUUACGGAUGCGGUCAUCAUUACCAAGAAAUGAUUAAACUAUGUUCUGCACAUCGCCAUGUGUGAACGUAGUUUUCGUUUAGUCGCGGUCGUUUCAAUCUUUAGGCUUAAUCCGUCGAUUAAUCCCAGUUUCGUCUAGCGGCGUGAUUUCGUGUUCGUGAAAACAAAACCGUGAUUCAAGCGAAAAUAUCCCUUUUCCCCGUUCCAAAUUUGCGCCCUAUAUCUUGUCGGUAAGUGUUAUCAGUGUUUUCCUUUGAAAAUUUCACUUCAGUGUGAGCUGGCGGGCCCCAGAACGGAAAAUCGCCUCCAUGAAGCACCUGAGGCACGAUGGUACGCGAGACUCGACAUCUUUGGGUAGGGAACUUACCCGAAACAAUACGAGAGGACAGGAUACGAGAGCAUUUUAAAAGAUAUGGCAGAGUUCAAAGUGUUAGAAUUAUCACCUCUUCAGCGUAUAAUCCUAACCCUUCCACUUCCACUGGUGGUGAUUGCGCUAGCGUUGACACAACUGCAUAUAAGGAGCAUCAUCAGCAGCAUGGUGGAAUCGGUGACGAUGCUAAUCCACAACAGGUGGCAUCUUCGGUUGAUGACUUCGAAAGUUCAACAACGACAAUUCCGACAUGCUCCUCAUCGUCCAUCGCUUCAUCACCAGCACCUGCUGCAGGAUCAGCAGUGCAUUCGACCGAAUUUAGUACUAGCAGUAGUUGUAAUAGUAAUAGUUGUAGUCAUAGUACCGGUAGUCAUAAACAUAGCUUUCCUAGUGGAAAUGGCUUGGUCAUCAGUGUCUGUGCGACCAUCGCCUUCAUGGACAUUAAAUCUGCGUCGAAAGCUCACAUCGCCGAACACAAAUUUGAUGAUCGCAUAUUGACCACAGAGUACUAUGAACCAUCGCUAUUUACGAUGCCUCCGACAGUAGCACCUUCGACUGUCACCGUAACACCGGGUAACAGCUGUAACACUACAACAACCGGUGACAAUAGCUGCAGUAGCGCUUCUAGUACUACAAUGCAUAAGCACACCAUCGGAAACAACAUCAGCAGCAAUAGUAGCAAUAGUGUUUUAUGUUCAGGAAAUAAUUUUCAGUAUUCUUCUACAACCAUGACUGCUACUGCCUUUCAACCGUCAUCAUCGUCGAGCUCCGGGACGACGCCGACGACGCCCGCAGUUAACAACAAUAGCAAUAACUGUCCCAAUGGUAGUACUUGCAAGUCUGAUAGUUGUUCUGGUAGCAAACUCCUGAUGCAUCCGAAUGAACACAGCUGUUUCUACGAAUGUAACAAUAGUAACAAUAUAUGUGGCAAUAGUAGAACCAGCAGUUUUAACCGUUUGCAAACAGGUACCAAUGGUGAUGAGCAUUGUAGCUCCUCUAGUAUAGGUGCCAUUGGUGGUGGUGGCAACGGGAGACGAUUGUCGGCUUCUAGUUAUUCACGAGAACUGAUCCAGGUAGAAGGACAGUGUGUUGCAAGUAAUACAAUAGGAGGUAGUAGAAGUCGCCAACGCGAUCGUCCACAUUACCGUAAAGGCCCAUACUUGGCACUUCCGGAAAGACGAUGCCGCCAUAUUUUAUUUCUGAUGCUAUAUAGCACGAGUAAUAGACCGAACAAUCUAGGAAUGGAAGAACAUUCUCAGUUUGAAGACAUUAUUUUGUUGUCUUUUAAACCCCUUCGAACAUAUCUGCUGUGCUUGAACUUACAACAUAUAGUUAGCAAAGCCAUAUUAGUACAAUUUUUGAUGUAGUAGUUUUAGUGACCUUUUCUCCCGUACCUAGACCGUAGCUAGA